CAACGGUUUGCGAGGCGCCAAACACACGACACGUUCUCCACACGCACGCACGAACGAACGCACGGGACCUCGGUGAACCGACCAAUGGAGACCCCGACUCUGACCACGCUGCUCAAGGCGGCUGUGGCCAGCUUCCCGUCUCGCCGCGCCAUCGCCGUCCCGGGCAAGCUUGAGCUGUCGCACGCGGCGCUCGAUGCGCUCGUCGACGCCGCGGCCGCAAGGCUGGCUGCUGAUGCCGGAGUGCUCCCCGGACACGUCGUUGCGCUCGCGUUCCCCAACACCGUCGAGCUGGUGAUCAUGUUCUUGGCGGUGAUCCGGGCGCGCGCGGUGGCGGCGCCGCUGAACCCGGCGUACACGCAGGAGGAGUUCGAGUUCUACCUCUCCGACUCCGGGGCGCGUCUCCUCAUCACCAACGCCGAGGGCAACGUCGCCGCGCAGGCGGCUGCUUCCAAGCUGGGUCUCACCCACACCACCGCCCUCAAGGACGCGGCUGGUCAGGUACACCUCUCCGCCUUCCCCAGCUCCGGCGCGGUCCAGGACCAUCCGGGCUUCGCGAACGAGCCGUCCGACGUGGCGCUGUUCCUGCACACCUCCGGCACGACGAGCCGGCCCAAGGGCGUGCCGCUCUCGCAGCGCAACCUGGCGGCGUCCGUCCAGAACAUCCGCAGCGUGUAUCGCCUCACCGAGACGGACGCGACGGUGAUCGUGCUCCCGCUCUUCCACGUCCACGGCCUCCUCUGCGGCCUGCUCGCCUCCCUGGCGUCGGGCGCGUCCGUGACGCUCCCGGCGGCGGGGCGCUUCUCGGGGUCCACCUUCUGGACCGACAUGCGGGCGGCUGGCGCGACGUGGUACACGGCGGUGCCGACGAUCCACCAGAUCAUCAUCGACCGGCACACGUCCAAGCCGGAGGCCGAGUACCCGGCGCUCCGGUUCAUCCGCAGCUGCAGCGCGUCCCUGGCGCCGGUGAUCAUGGAGAAGCUGGAGGCGGCGUUCGGUGCGCCGGUGGUGGAGGCGUACGCGAUGACGGAGGCGUCGCACCUGAUGACGUCGAACCCGCUGCCGCAGGACGGGCCGCGGAAGGCCGGGUCGGUGGGUCGCCCAGUGGGGCAGGAGAUGGCGAUCCUGGACGAGGAGGGGCGCCAUGUGGAAGCCGGCAAGAGCGGCGAGGUGUGCGUGCGCGGCGCCAACGUGACGAGCGGGUACAAGGGGAACCCGGAGGCGAACGAGGCGGCGUUCCGGUUCGGGUGGUUCCACACCGGCGACAUCGGCGUCGUCGACGAGGAGGGCUACCUCCGCCUCGUCGGGCGCAUCAAGGAGCUUAUCAACCGCGGCGGCGAGAAGAUCUCCCCCAUCGAGGUGGACUCUGUGCUGCUCGGCCACCCGGCCAUCGCGCAGGCCGUGGCGUUCGGCGUGCCCGACGCCAAGUACGGCGAGGAGAUCAACUGCGCCGUGAUCCCGCGGGACGGCGUGUCGCUCAGCGAGGAGGAGGUGGUGUCCUACUGCCGGAGGAACCUGGCGGCGUUCAAGGUGCCCAAGAAGGUGUACAUCGCCGACGAGCUGCCCAAGACGGCCACCGGCAAGAUCCAACGCCGCAUCGUUGCUCAGCACUUCGUCGUGCUGCCGGCCAAGGCGUGAUCUGAUCUCGCCUCUCCCCGUGCAUGUGCAUGCGACCACCAACCGUUGUAUCGUAUUGUAUGCACCUAGCACAAGAAUUUUGUUGCUUCAUUACUUAGCUAGCAAGCGUGCAUUGGGUUGGUUCAUGCUGACAAAAAGUAACGAGCAAUAAAAUUUCGUUUUCCCGUCCUCUCUCGUGCG